CAAAGAGCCAUGGCACCCUGUAUGUUCCCCGGGCGGUACCGGACCAACGGCUCGAAUGGGCUGUAAUUAGUAUCACCGUUGAAAGUUCACACUCACAGUGCUCUUGGCCUCGUUCGGGUGAGUUUAGCCUAUUCAGCUGUUUGCUUCCUCAUUCGAGUGUCAUUCAACAUGACCUGUCAGACAUUGCAAAGACACAGUCUGGAGAAAAUGACAAGAAACCACGAAAUUCCUCGUCUAAACUUAAGGUGCAUUACCCAGACUCAACAGGUAUAAAAGAAACAAUUCAAUAUGGCCACAAAACAAGUAGUCACAGAAAAUGAAGAGGAAGCCAUUGGUGCCCAAAAUGAGUUGGCCUUGCAUCUGGAUGAUGGACUUAAGGAGGAAGAGUUUGUUAAGUUGAAGAAUCUGUUUAGAGGUUGUCCUCUUACUUCAAGACAACAUGAGAAUAUUAAAACUAUGGCAGAUCUAUUUCAACAACUUGAGAACGAUAAGAAGAUAUCUGUGGGAAACUACAAGUUUUUUACAGUAAAAUUGGAAAAAAUUCAUCCUAGGCUGGCUACUAAAGUGCAAGAAAUGGAGAAACAAAUUCAAGAUAUCCUGAAUGGAGGUAAUCCCUCUGUCAUGGAUGUCCCAGCAGCCAGCACAAGUCCCGCCCAAGAAGUCCAUGCUGAUCUACAACCCAUGAUAAAAAGAACAAAAGAAAAGAUCAAACGAGAAAUAGAGCAGAAAAAGAAAAAAUUCCUUGAGACCAAAGCUUUCCUCGAUGCUCAAAACAAGCUCCAAAAGAACAGAGUUCUAGUUAUCAAGGGAAACACAGGAGAUGGCAAAACGUCUACCGCCAUUCAACUCCUACACUGGCUGGUCGAGGAGCAGCAAUGCAGACAGCCCCUUCAGCUUCAUGAAAUUACGAAAUUAGAUUUAUUGGCUCCAAACUCUCAUCUGAUUACUUUCAUUGAUAAUAUUUUUGGUGAGAAUGAUGUUGGUAGAAAGGAUGUAGAAGAUUGGAAUAGAAGAAUUACAGAUGUAGAAACACUUUUUGAUGGUGAACAAAUUCAAGCCAAUUUUUUGCUCAUUACAGUUCGUAAUGAAAUAUUCAAUACUUUGAAACAAUCUUCUAUAGGAGCAGUUUUCACUGAAGAUAACAUCAUUGAUCUGAGCUCAGGUAAGUACAGAAUUGCAGAAGAAAAAAAGGCACUUUUAGAGAUGUAUAAGCCAGAAAAUUUCUCAUGGACUGAGGGAGAAAUAGAAAACAUUCUAUCUUAUGCACCAAAUAUUGGAUUCCCACAAUGUUGUCAGCUUUUCUGCAAGUCUGUGAAAUUGCAAGAUAGACGAGUUGAAUUUUUUGAGAAACCUCUCCAAUUUUUUAUGGAUGCGUUGCUGAAGUUACCAGAAUGUUCUGCCAUUUUGUUUCUAUUCCUCAAUGACGGGGAGAUAAAGGUAACAGAUCUAGACCCAAAUGGUGAUAAAGUAAACAAAACAUUGUUAGAGGAAGCUUUUGAUAUUAAUUUGGUUGAUGGUGAAGAUGACAGAACUACAAUGUCAUGUAAGAAAAAAAUAGGAUUUGUGAAAGAAAAUUUAGAAAGAUUACAAGGAUUUUUGGUAAGAAAGGAGAAAUAUCAAUUGUCUGGUGAUGAAGUGUACAGAUUUGAUCAUAACUCUAUAUAUGUCACAGUAGCUCUUCUAUAUGGAAACAAAACACCAGUUGGUUACAUUGAGAAUUGUCCCACGAAAUUCCUCAGUUUUCUAACAACCUCAAAAACAUCAUCAAACAUGGUUGUGAUAUCAGCUGAUCAUUAUCCAUAUAUGUGUGAACGUCUACACAGAGAGUUUGUCUGUGAGAAGAGAUAUUAUGGUACUAACAUUGGAUCUCUAGAUGUGUGGAAAGAUAGCAUAUUUCUAGAAAAAAUUGUCAGGAUUUUUAAUGAGAGAGGAGUUAAUAAAGUAACUCUGUUUAAUAAAGCAUGCUACUUUGCUGCUGAAGAAUGUGCUUUAUAUCUCCUGGAGGAAGGAGUCAAACCUGACAAGGACACACCAUUGUGGUCAUUGUUUACAAGAGGUGAUGUGUAUGGUAAGGGAGAUGUGGAUGUUCUUAGGAAGGUUUUUACACACUUGAGUGAUGAGGUCAAGCUUGAUUUGUUAAAUAAAGCAUGUCUUUCUGGCUCAGAAGAAUGUGCUUUAUAUCUUCUAUGUGAGGGAGUCAAACCUGACGAGAACACACGUUGGUGGUCAUUGAUUACAAGGGGUGAUGUAUGGUAUGGUAAAGGAGAUGUGGAUAUACUGAAGAAAGUUGUAAAAUACUUGAAUGAUGAGAUAAAACUGGAUUUGUUAAAUAAAGCGUGUGCCUCUAAUUCAGAAGAAUGCACUUUACAUCUUUUGUGUGAGGGAGUCGAACCUGACAAGGACAUAGAUUGGUGGUCAUGGAUUACAAGAGGUGAUGGGGAGAAUGGUAAGGGAGAUGUGGAGGCAUGUAAGAAAGUUGUGAAAUACUUGAAUGAUGAGGUUAAACUUGACCUGUUAAAUAAAGCUUGUCGUUCUGGUUCAAAAGAAUGUGCUUUAUUUCUUCUGAGUGAGGGAGUCGAACUUGACAGGAACACAGAUUGGUGGUCAUUGAUAACCGGAGGUGAGAAGGAUGGUAAGGGAGAUGUGGAUAUACUUCAGAAAGUUGCUAUAUACCUGGAUGAUAACAGAAGAUAUCACUUGUUACUUGAGGCAUUUCAUUCUGGUUCAGAAGAAUGUGCUUUAUACCUUCUGUGUAAGGAAAUCAAACCUGACAAUUACGCACAGUUGUGGUCAUGGAUUACAAGAGUGGGGUAUGAUUGGAGAGAGAGUGAUUGGAGAGAGAGAGAUAGGGGAAAGAGAUAUUGGAGAGAUAGUUAUGAGAGUGAUGAAGAUUCAUUUAAAGAAUAUAUUAUACAUAAAUUCUUAUACGAUCGGCAAACACGUUACUUGUUGAAUGAAGGUGGUCAUGUUAAGGGAGAUGUGGAUGUUCUUAAGAAAGUUUUGAAAUACUUGAAUGCUGAGGAAAAACUUUACUUGUUAAAUAAAGCAUGUCAUUCUGGUUCAGAAGAAUGUGCUUUGUAUCUUCUGUGUGAGGGAGUCAUACCUGACGAGAACACAGAUUGGUGGUCAUUGAUUACCGGAGGUGGUCAUGUUAAGGGAGAUGAGGAUGUUCUUCAGAAAGUUGUGAAAUACUUGAAUGACAAGCAAAAACUUUUCUUGUUAAAUAAAGCAUGUCGUUCUGGUUCAGAAGAAUGUGCUUUAUAUCUUCUGUGUGAGGGAGUCAAACCUUAUAAGGACAUACUGUUACAUGUGGCGGAGGGUGGGAAUGUGAACCUGUUCCGUAACCUACUGAAGUAUGACGUCACUCUAACAGUCAGGGAUAAUGCCAAUAACAAUGUCCUACAUGCGGCGUGUGAGCAGGAAAGGAAAGAGAUGGUGGCAAUGCUGUGUGAAGAUUAUCCACACUUGCUACAUGACACUAAUCAUGCAGGACAAACCCCGCUCCAUGUUGUUGUUCCAGACAGUGGAAAGAACUGUACUUAAAUCCUUGUGUGGAGUUGAGGACGAACAACACAAGUGUGCGACAGAAGAUGGUCGUGUGAUACAUAGGUGUUGUGUGUGUAUAGUCAGUACAUGUCAGUUAGUGGACGCAUAUGUGUGGGAUGUAGCACAGGUGCCUGACUCGUUUUAUAAAAUAAUAACAUAUAGAGUACAUAUAAUGCUCAUUUAUAUGUACUCUAUAUGUUAUUAUUUUAUAAAACGAGUCAGGCACCUGUGGAUGUAGAUCAUUCGGGUGACAUGUCAAAAAAUAUGGUUAGAAUUCCUUACGAACGGUUAUGACAAUAUUAUACACAAGUGCUGUUUGGGAAAAUGCUUCUAGUUUAUUUGUGUGGGAAAUACCCAGCACUGACCACAGCUGUAGAACAUAACUGGUGGAUUGUUACAUGUGAGUUGUAUGAUGGGACACAGGAAGAUGUGUGUUUAUUUGUGCGGGUCUAUCCCACAUUAGAUGUUUGAGAUUUGUCGAUCCAAUUUCUAUAUAUAUUACGCUGAUUAGGUCUGUUAGAUGUUUGAGAUUUGUUGAUCCUCUGUAAAUGUCUAUAUAUUACACCGGACUAGUUCCAUUAGAUGUUGGAGAUUUGUUGAUCCUAUUUAUAAGAGCGCAGCUCUAGGGCGCCGAAGGCGCCCGAGCGAAGCUCUCUAAAUACUGGAAAACAGUACCUCCAACAAGAGUUGCCUCCCUUCCCAUACAUACGAACAAAGAAAAUCGUAUGGUCCAAAAAACCGGUACCGGAAUGGCUCAAAACCGGAUGUAGUAAAAAUCUUGAACAAUAUCAACACCAAAGUCUCUCUAUAGUGUUUUAACAUUAGUGAUAUAUGUCUUUUGUUCUCAGAUGAAAAAUAAAUAACAAAACAGC